AAGCAUGCUUCAUUAACAGUGAGGGGAAAUUAAAUGAAGCCCCAGAAUGAUCCAUGAUAUGAUGGAGGGUAACAUUUAACUAUGACUUGUUAUGAAAAUGUCAACCUCGCCGUAAUGAUGUGAUUAUGAUUUCCCUCCACUAGGUGGCAGCAGGUGUUCAUGUUAAGAUGACAUCAGUGUUUUUUCAGGGUGUUAGUAAACAUUGUUGACGCUGAGUGACAGGCUCUGAUUGUUUCGUGUGACUGUAAGAGGAAGUUUUCAAACACAUGAUCCACUGUUGUCAUUGUUUGGAAUCUGCUCAGCUUGGAGGAAAUGAAAUGUGACAUGGCAGUGAAGUUGUUCCAGGUGCUGCUGGUGAUUUGUCUUUCAAAAUGCAGUCACGGUAAACACCUGCUUCGCUUUUUGACCUUCUGUCAGAAGAACGUCACGGGUGACGGCCAGAAUGAUAUUGAGUUCGACGGCGAUCAGCUCCUCCACACCGACACGUUCACCCAUCAGCCGGUCCAGCGGCUGCCAGAGUUCGGGGACGAGUGGAUUCCUGAUCCUGGACUGGCCCCAGACUCAUAUGUCAACCUGGGUACCUGCUAUUACAACAUCCCACGAGCCAUAGCAGGAGCUAAAAGUCCUGCAGCGAACAUAGCCAGUCCCACCUCUAUGAUCCACCCGAAACAAGAGAUCGAAAUCGGGGUCCCUAACACGCUCAUCUGCUUCGUCAAAGACUUCCAUCCGCCUACAGUUACAAUCAUCUGGACCCGGAACGAGGAGCCGGUGGACCAGAUGGUCGUCAGCCAGACUCAGUACUACUCCAACCAGGACUUCAGCUUCAACACCGCUUCCUACCUGGAGUUCACUCCGCAGGUGAACGACAUCUACUCCUGCAGCGUGGGGCACAUCGGCCUGCGGGAGCCUCUCACCAAGUUCUGGGAGGUUAAAGACACAGACCAGCAGCUUGUGGAGACAGCGCUGUGUGUUUGUGGUGUGAUCCUGGGGCUGAUUGGAGUUGUCACAGGACUCUGGUUCAUCGUGAAAGCUAACAAGUCCUGCCAGGCGUAACACACAUCGAGACAAACACCUGAAUCUCUCGGUGUCAGAUCUGUGAUCGUCCUUCCAUCCUUUUUCUCCCUUUGUGUUUUUCCUCUGGGAGUGAGCUGGGCUGAGGUUUUGUUUUUGUCCCCAUCAUGGUGCUAUAUUUUACACCUUCAUAUGCUAUCUACUGUAUGUCUGUUUCUUUUUCCCUUUACAACAACACUAAAACAUAAUCCUGAGAUUCACAAACAGCAGUAAGGUAAAGGUGCUUGUGUCUGUAUUGUACAUUUUAGCUUGCAUAUAAUAAAGCUCAUUAAACUUCA